AUGGCGGAAAAGUACGAGAACAACGUGAACAGUGAUAUUGAGAUGGUCGAAGACCUUAAUGUGCCCGGAGCGCCCGAGUUUGCGGAGACGAGGGAGUUGAGAAAGGGCCUCAAGCAGCGUCAUAUUCAGAUGAUUGCGUUGGCUGGAACUAUUGGCACGGGACUGUUCCUGGGGUCUGGACGAGCUCUUGUUGCUGCUGGACCGGCAGGUGUCUUUAUGGGCUAUACCAUCAUGGGUAUUCUCGUUUGUGGAGUUGUUCUCUCUAUCGGAGAAAUUAGUGCCCUUGUUCCCCUUGCUGGAGGUAUUCUUCAACCUGCAGCGAUCUUCGUUGAUCCUGCUCUUUCAUUUGCCAUGGGUUGGAAUGCCGUCUACCAAGUUUGUGUCGCGGUCCCUGCUGAGCUGGUCGCCGCUGCUGUGGUGAUGCAAUACUGGAUCACCCUCAACAAUGCCAUUUGGAUCACAGUUUUUGGUUUUCUCAUCCUAAUUUCCAAUGUUUUGCUGGUAAGGAUUUAUGGAGAAGUCGAAUUCACUUUCGCUUGUCUAAAGGUUUUGCUCGUGGUUGGGAUGAACUUGAUGGGCCUCAUUAUCGCUUGUGGUGGGGGCCCUGACCAUCGUUCGGUCGGCUUCAAGUACUGGAACGACCCUGGCCCUUUUGUGCAGUACCUUGGCGUCGCGGGCUCUUUAGGACGAUUUAUGGGUUUCUGGACUGUCUUCUCCAAUGCCGCCUACGCCUUCGCUGCGAUUGAGAGCAUCGCGAUUGCUGCGUCUGAGACAUACGCACCUCAACGAAACAUUCCAAAGGCAGCGAAGCGAGUCUUUGUUAGAGUUGUCAUGUUCUACGUUGUCACGGUUUUCAUGAUGACCCUGUUGGUCCCAUCCAAUGACCCAAUGCUGCUCAACACCUCGGGAACAGCAGCGCAGUCGCCAUUUGUCAUUGCCGCAACCCGAGCUGGGAUCAAGGUCGUUCCGCAUAUUAUCAACGCUAUUGUUAUGACCAGUGCUUGGAGCUCAGGCAACUCCACUGUCCUAAUUGGGUCCCGUAUGCUUUACGGUCUUGCCCGCAAAGGCCAAGCCCCUAACUUCUUCAAACAAGUCAAUCGCUGGGGUGUUCCUUACUUAACCGUCCUCUUCAUCUGUGCUUUCAUCUCGCUAGGCUACCUGACACUGAACAAAACCGCCGCAAUGGUCUUCACCUGGCUUCAAGAUCUCGUUGCGUCGGCCCAGUUGAUCACCUGGAUGAUUAUCUGCAUCACCUACCUGCGAUUCUAUUACAGCUUGAAGAAACAGGGAAUUUCUCGCAAGGAGCUCCCUUGGGCAGCGCCUUUCCAGCCGUAUGCGGCGUGGAUGAGUUUGACUGGGUUUGCCAUGAUUUUCCUAACAAGCGGUUAUACAACCUUCAUACAUAACAACUGGUCCACUGAAACCUUUAUCUCCGCAUACUUAGACCUUGUCAUCGUCAUGACUUUGUACCUAGGGUACAAGCUCUACCACAAGACUAAGAUUGUAUCUUUGGAAGAAUCACCUGUUGCUAGAUUUAUUGAGAUAGCUAAGAAUAAUCCUGAUCCACUGGAGAAGCCUAAGACGCGGAUUUCUAAGUUUAAUAUCUUGUGGGGAUAG